AGUUAGGACCCUGGACCUCUCAUUACACCCCUCUUCUGCUGCGCCGUGCCGGUCAUGCUUUGUCCAUCAGAAUGGAGAACAACUCAAAGUCACCUGAUGUCGCCACCGAUGCCAGCAGUGCAGAGGAUCACCAUUUAGACACAUCUGACGAUUUUGGCCAGCGCUUGGAGGACAUCAUAAAGACCUACCAAUUUGAAGCCAGCCUGGUGGAUGCCGAGGAGCCUGAGGAAUCAAGCUGUGAACAGGGUGCAGACAUUGCUGUCACAAAAGACACCAGUCCCAGCAAAGACCAGAAGCUGGACAAAAAGAUGCUCAAAGGCUUAGGGAAGGAAGCAACGCUUCUGAUGCAAAACCUGAACAAGCUCAGUAGUCCGGAAGCAAAACUGGAAGCAAUUAUCAAGAAGCAUGCCGAACUGCUGGAGGAGCACCGGACAGACCAGAAACAGCUGAAGGUCCUGCAAAAGAAGCUGCUCCAGAUCAUGAAGGAGAAGGACCUUCUGCAGGCUGAGCACAGCCGGGCCGUCCUGGCCCGAAGCAAGCUGGAGGGGCUUUGUCGAGAACUGCAGAGGCACAACAAAACACUCAAGGAGGAGACCCUCCAGAGGUGUCGCGAAGACGACCUGAAGCGCAAGGAGAUCACGGCACACUUCCAGAGCACGCUGACGGAAAUCCAGGCCCAGAUCGACGAGCACAGUGACCGCAACACCAGAUUGUGCAAAGAGAAUAGCGACCUAGCGGAGAAACUCAAAGGGCUCAUUACACAGUAUGACCAGAGGGAGGCGAAUUUGGAAAAAGUCUUCAAGCACCACGACUUGCAACAUAAACUGGCGGAAACCAAACUUCAGCAGGCGAAUAUGCUGCUGAAGGACGCUGAAGAGAAACACAAAGCUGAGAAAGAAUACCUGCUCAAGCAGGUGGCUGAGCUGAAAAUGCAGGUGACACUUCUGAAAGAGCAGGAGAGUGGGAUGAAGGCACAGCUAAAUUUGUACUCUGAGAAGUUUGAUGAGUUCCAAGGCACAGUCACCAAAAGCCACGAUGUGUACGCCAGCUUCAAACAAGACAUAGAGAAGAUGUCCAAAAAAAUGAAGAAGUUGGAGAAAGAAUCGAAUUCCUGGAGGACACGCUUUGAGGGGUGCAACAAAGCUCUUUUGGAGAUGGCACAAGAGAAAACACUGAAAGAGAAAGAGUUUGAGGUCUGUACUCAAAAGAUUCAAAAGCUGGAGAAGUUGUGCCGGACCCUCCAAGAUGAGAGAAGGGGCCUGUAUCAGAAGGUCCAGGAGCUCCAGCAGGCUGGAGGUCAGUUCAAGAUGGACACAGAGGAGGAGACACCUUCUGCGGAGACCCUCUCCAGAGACAGCAACGUGGAGGAACAUAGCGCGACUAUCAAGACAUCCCUUGGCAAAAAACUGGCCAGUCUGAAGACAGAGCAGGCCAUUCUGCAGGAGAUCGCCACCUCCUUCUUGGUCUCACAUGUUUCAGAGGAAGCAGAGCAAACCCAAUCCAAUGUGGAGUCACAACAAGAUUCAGCAUCUGAAAGCAUCCAUCUGGACCAGACAGAAUCAGCAUUACCAACCAGCACCCAAAGUGUCCCCUCCUCUGUAAAAAUGGAAAGACCAGGACAGUAACGGACAGAAAGACAAGUAGACACUGAAUUAAGUCGAUAUUUCCUUGAAUGUAAAAUUCAUUGGAAGAAUAUGUCUACUGCCCAGCAGAAAACAAUGACUGCAAUUGUAGCAGUUUAAUAAAUCUGUCAUUAAACUGUCAAUGAAACUGUCUUUAACCUUCAGUUACUUUGCAAAAACUCAGUGUAUACCAUAUUUUCAUUGCAUUCUCAUUUUUUUUCCAUCUUUACAUCUUUUUUCUUUUAAAUAUUCCAGAGUAUUUGAAAUACUGAAUUACAUUUCAUUGAAUUUAUUUGUCUGGCAAUGGGAAAUUUUUGCAAGAGCUACAUAUGUGUAGCUCAUUCCUACAAUGCUGUCAUUGAUAAACAACAGUUCUUUCAUAUGUGCUCAUCUAGCAGUGCAAAAUAACAAUUUAUAAAGAGACAAUUAGAGCACAUAUUGCAAUGCACGUCGUGACAUUACUGAAAUGCCAAGGAACCAUUAUACUGUAUACAGUUACAUCAUGUAAACAGAACCAAAAUAGCCUACAUGCAUGCUAAAGAAAUACAGCUACGAAACAAUUACCUAAGUGAAACUGGAAGUUCUAGAGCUUUUAAGCAGUUGAUCUUUAUUUUAUGGUGGUUUGUACAAUGUGUGAUAAAUAAUGGAAAAUAUUCCAGCAUCAACCACCUUGAAAACUAUC